AUGGCUAAGAAAAAUGAUUCUUCACUUUCUGAAGUUGUAAAGGAAGUUGUAGAGCAACAGCAAUCCCAAACAUCUGAAAUAGAAAAAAACAAAAAAAUUCUGUUCCAGUUGCAGAAUGAAGUCUGUGAACUUGAGAAACAAAUAGGAUCUGUCAUAGCGGAGACAAAAGAAACAGAAAAGUACAUUUAUCAACAAGAAAGUGAAAUAGAAAAAACCAAGCUUCACUGUGGAAGCCUAGAAGCUCAAAUCAAAUACUUACAUGCAGAAAAUGUAAAGCUCAAAUUUUCCAUAGAAACAGCACAAGAAGAGUUUGAGGAGUGCCUUACAAGAAAUAAUGCAUAUGAUGAGAAAAUAAGAAUAUAUAAAGAAGGUCUUGCUGAGGCAGAAAAUAAAUGGCCAUUUAUGAUUGAACUCCAUCAGAAAAAAGAACAAGUUAAAAAAUUAAUGACAAAGAAAAAGGAACUGAUCCAUGGUCUCCAAAAUCCAGAAGGAAACAUGAUAAAACAAGAACAGGAAGAAAUUAAUAAUCUAAAAGAAAAAAUGGUAACUAUAGAGGCAUCUAUCUCCACAAAAAACAAUUUGCUGGAGGAAGAGAAAAGGGUACAUGAAAAAUUGAUAAAAGAAAUAGAGGUGCAAAAUAAAAGGUACGACGCUAUCUUAAAGCGCCUACACUGUCAGGUGAACAAGCUUCAGGCAAACAGAAGACACUGGCAGUGGAAUAUUCAACAGAUGGAAAAAACUUCAGAGGAACUAAGAAAACGCAUAGGAAUGACAGAGUAAAAGAGUACUCUGGCAAAAUGAAGAAUACAGGUGACAGUGUAUGUCAUCCUUGGCAUAUAGUAAAAUAAUUUGGGAAAUAAGCCUUUGUUUCUAUGACUAGCCUUCAAAGAGACUUAGAUAGUGAAUACGUUUCUUCCUUUUUGUGAAAACUAGCUCUCAGUUGUUAAUUAAGGCACUACAGUUGAGAAUAGGUAUAUGGUAGAAGAGUCUGCAGAAAUCUUGAGUAUGUUGUGGAGGACUGUACUGAUUUGUGUAGAUGAGUUAUAGAGAAAGAAGCCCUAUCCACAGUUGGAUUAUAUGGAUGGACCAACUGGGAAAGACCCUUUUGUACAGAGAGUCCAUUCGGCUAAAUGCUGAACUGUUUGAAAAUUGAGUGUCUACUUCUAUUCUUUCUGUUCUUUUGUGUUUCAUUUAGCACCA